ACGACGUCGUCUGUUUCAAUGUCUGGUUUUAUCUAUAUCAUCGAGAUUCGAGAUCCUCCCAGCCCCAUUCUGCUCUAUUCUAACAACUCCUCAUCAUCUUCUUUCCAAAUUAAAACCUCCCUUUUCAAUUCCCAUAUAUACCGAUGAAAAGGUUUAGUGUGAAGAACAUGAGCUGGCAAUAACUAACACUUGAAGAGGAUGGAUUCAUGAAUGCUUAGUUUCAUGGAUUAGUCAUUCGCUUAAGCUCCGUGAUUUUAGCAGUUGCUCUUAUCUAACUGGAACUUUUCUUUUCUCACAAUGUGGAAAUUUGCUUCAAAUGCCAUUGCAAGCAUUGGACUGAAGAAAAACUCAUUAGAGUCCACUCGAGCUUGUCCAGAGUGCUCAGAUGAUGAGGUGUGUUCGAAUGCUAGCCGAGACGAAGGACUGGAAUGCCCAAUAUGCUGGGAAUCUUUCAACAUUGUUGAGAAUGUGCCCUAUGUCUUAUGGUGCGGUCACACUCUCUGCAAAAAUUGUGUCUUGGGGCUUCAAUUGGCUGUGUUUAAAUUCCCUACUCAACAAAUCACGAUUCCAUUCUUCAUUUCCUGUCCAUGGUGCCAUCUGCUAUCAUUCCGGCUAAUUUAUAAGGGAAAUCUAAAGUUCCCUCGCAAAAAUUUCUUUAUUCUUUGGAUGGUUGAGAGCUUGAAUGGUGAUCGAUUAAAGUUUAGUUCCUCCUCCCGUGGGGACAAUCAACCAAUUUGGACUCCAAGAUGCAAUUUUGCACUUGGAAAUCAAGCUACCAAUGGUAACCAAAGAAGGGUCUCUUCUACUCAUGGACCUAGACAUCGGGGGUCUAACAAUGAUAAUGGUGGCAGCAAUGUGGAGCAACACCAAAUUGACCUUCAUAACUCUCUGGAUUUCUUCGUUCACUUUACAUCAAAGUUCCCUUUGGUCAUCAUAUUUCUUCUGAUUGCCUUUUUUGCAGUACCUGGCUGUGCUGUCAUCUUGGUCCUCUACUUGGUAGUAACACUAGUUUUUGCAAUCCCAUCUUUCUUGGUAUUGUAUUUUGCAUACCCUACUUUGGAGAGGCUGGUAAGAGAAAUAACCUCAUGAGAUGUGGUUGGCUUCUUGAAUCAGUUAACCCCAAACUUGUAGGUUUUUCAGAUCACCCCAUCUUUUUUCAAAUUUGGUGAUUCUAGUACUGCACUUUCUGGAAAUGCGACUGUUGGAUGUUGAGAAGUUUUUCAGAUCUUUCCUUGCGGUUUAUGUUUCUUGGAAGCUUCAAGAGCCCAAAAGGCAUGAUUCUACGAUUGAUUUCUCAAGUCUUGGGUUUCAGUGAUUGUCAGUGAUUUAAAUUACCAUUGUUUGAUAGAAGUUGAUGAAGCUAUUUACAAACUUGAGUAUGCAUAAGAUAUAUUCCU